AUGUCAAGUACAUCAAUCAUUCCUGCUGAAAACAGAGUAUUCAAAAAGCAUCAAUUAUUGGACUCUUGGAAUGACAAUAAUGCAGCCCUUAAAGAAAGGAUUGAAAAAGAAAGGAAAGACAGGGCUAUAUUUGAAAUGAAACUUGACUUGCAAAGACAACAAGAAAUUGCUCUCCGUGAAAAAGAAAGGAAAAGAGAAGAAAUGUGAAGAGAGCAAGAAAUUUCGAAACAGCUUAAAAUGCAGCUUGAUGAAGAAGACGAGUUGGAAAAGCUGAAAAAGAAAAGAGAGCAAGAAGCUUUGAGGAGAAUCUAUGAUACUCAAAUACAGGAAAAAUUGAUUGCUGAUAAUAAAAAUCAGUUGGUUCAAAGACAGGAAAGGCCAGAUGCUUUUCUGUAUCAGAGCAACAGUGCUCAAUAUGAGCCGAGCAUUGAGAAUCCUAGAAGGCUUAGCAGCCAAAGAUCUGUGCUACCUGAAAAUAAUCCAAACUCUCAGCCAUCUGCGAAAGGAAAAGCAAGAGGCCAAUUUUCCCCUCUUAUUAAGGCUGGAACAUCGAUAUUCAGAUAA